CAGCCUCGGUCGCGGUAUCACACGGUCUCGCCUCCUAUGGUGUUCAUCACUGUUCACGACGCUGAGCUCAAACUAGUCAUACUAGUCCGCAGCGAUCUCCAAACAAUACUUAUUGUCGGUUCAUUCAUACUAUUGAUGAUGUCCACUCCUGUCCACUUCUGCGCCUCUCUGAGGAUCCGAAAUGCAACACGACAACUUUUAUGCAUAACCAGGAUUCAAUUGUGAUCUGACCAAACUCCAGAUCUACUCCAUCCAGGACCAUCAUCCAUAACGUCGAUUCUACUACUAAGUAGUACAUAGACUCUAGCUGGUUGGAGGAGUCACGUGAGGCUUGCAGAACUGAUCGCUUGGAAGUUCUGAUCAGAUAUCGGUGG